AGCACUAAUGCUACGUCCGUGCCGAUUGGCUGCUGGUGGCGCGGAAGGCCGGCGUUACGAAGAGGGGGGCCGGUGGCACUUUCACGUCGGACGCAGUAGAGACCAUGCAGGACUAUCAGAACUUGCCAAUUGACAUACAGACUAGCAAGCUGCUUGAUUGGCUAGUGGACAGAAGACAUUGUAGCCUGAAAUGGCAAGGCCAGGUUCGCACCGUACGUGAGAAGAUUGUCUCGGCCAUGCAAGACAUGCCUGAGAAUGAAGAGAUCAAACAGCUUCUCUCUGGUUCCUAUAUUCACUAUUUUCACUGCCAGCAGAUUGUGGAAAUCCUUAAGCGGACAGAAGCCUCCACGAAAAACAUAUUCGGUCGUUACUCUUCUCAGCGUAUGAAGGACUGGCAAGAAAUAGUAUCGCUGUAUGAAAAGGAUAACACCUACUUGGUAGAACUGGCCAGCCUCCUGGUGCGGAAUGUCAGCUACGAGAUCCCAUCCCUCAAGAAGCAGAUUAGCAAGUGCCAACAACUGCAGCAGGAAUACAGCCGCAAGGAGGAGGAGUGCCAGUUGGCGGCCGCCGAGACGAGGGAGCGCUUCUACAGCUCCUGCAAGCAGUAUGGCAUUACGGGGGACGACGUACGCCAGGAGCUUCUGGCUUUGGUGAAAGACCUGCCAUCACAGCUUGAUGAGACUGGGGCUGGUGCCAAGGGGCUUUUGGAAGCCAUCAACCUAUACCAGGCCUGUGUGCAGUUUGUGUGUGACAGUUCUGCAGAACAGGUUGUCCCCUUACUGAGGCACGUGCAGGCUCUGGGCAACACCACCGUGUACGAGUGGAGGAGAGGGGUGAAGCCAACCGCAGUGGAGCGGCCAAAGGUUGCGGAAGUGAAGGAAGCCGUCGAAGAGGAUGCGAUUGACUGGGGUGACUUUGGAGACGGAGCAGAGUCUGCGUCUGCCCCUGAAGUGGUUGAUUAUGGGAUCUCCGUUGGAGAAGGAAGUGAGGAGAUAGACUGGGGUAUUUCUCUGGAGUCAGAUGCCCAAGAGAGCAGCACUGCAGCCAUAGACUGGGGAGAUGGUAGUGAUGACGCAGCUCAGAUCGUGGUGUUGGAUGCUGGCAGUGAGGCCCCAGAGGGAAUUGCACGAGGACCUGAUGCUCUCACAGUCCUGGAGACCCCAGAGACCAGGAAUCAGUUCAUUGAUGAGCUCAUGGAGCUGGAGAUAUUCCUUUCGCAGCGCAUUGCUGAGACAAGUGAAGAGGCAGACAUCCUAGCUGUGAGCCAGUUCCAACUAGCGCCAACCAUUCUGCAAGACCAGACCAAAGAGAAGUUGGAGGCCAUGGUUGCAGUCAUCCAGAAUCUUCUUGGCCGGUUGACCAGCUUGAGAAUGCAACAUCUUUUCAUGAUCCUUGCCUCCCCGAGAUAUGUGGACCGUGUGACCGAGCUCCUCCGCCAGAAGUUGAAGCAGGCUGACCUGCUCCUCCUGAAGAAGGAGCUGAUGGUUCAGAAGCGGCAGGAGGCACUGGAAGAGCAAGCCAACCUGGAGCCAAAACUUGACAUUCUUGUGGAGAAAACCAGAGAGUUGCAGAAGCUGAUUGAAGCAGACAUCUCUAAACGGUACAACCAGCGACCUGUGAACCUGAUGGGUGCCUUCGUCUGACUUGUCCCCACAUGCAAAAUAUACCUUGGACAUCCCUUGUAUGGUUGCAGCAGAUGGCAUCAACCACACACCCACAACCAAAGGGAAGGGAGGCCAAUUGGUCUUCAGAUUCCAGGAGCGAGGGGCGGCUGGUUGGGGCGGCUUCCUGGACUUGUCCCGCAUAGAGCUUUUAACGCUUGUUAGCAGAUCCCCGAUGGAUAAAUAAAGCUGCUGUCUCCAUUCCA